GUGACUAGAAACAAACGAGUCGGAAGGCUUCUCAGUUCGAAUUAGAGCAAUUCGGGUCAUCAGCUAUUAUCAUUCAGAGCUAUUGUAAAGCUGGGAAACUGUGAAGCAAAUUCCAGUGCUUCAUAUUGCCGUUAAAUAAGUUUAGCAGUGUUUUUUACAUAAUCUGCCGGCCAGCAAUUGAGAUAAUGAAGCGACUGGGCUUGAAACCUUUUAUGGUAGACGUCUUUCUGCACAUUAUCACCGUCAUUUUGGUCACAAGUGCCCCCGUAACCAGUGAAUGGUACAUAAUACGCUGUUCCACAGCUCACGGAGAAGCUGACGUUGCCCUUAUCAAAAGCAUCGUUCAUUUAUCAAAUGGCACAGUGUCUUUGGCCGUGUCCAACACACAGUCGACAAUAGACGGACGACCUCGACCUUUGAUGUGCACCACAAGACAAGCUGCACAUCGCGCGGCCCCUGAACUUCCCUGCCCCCUAGAAAAAUUGGAAAUACAUCCUCAGGCUCGAUGGACUUUUUUCGGUAACGACCGGAUAGAGCGCCGAGCUGUGCGUGCUAUGCCUAAACGUGGAACCCUAAGCAUACGCAAUUUAAGCGAUUCUGACAUUGGCCGGUACGUUUGCAAAGUAACUUUACCGGACGAUGGCGAAAUAGAAGAACUUUGGGACCUUAAGAAACAGGGUAAUAGAUGGGUUUUUGUCUGGAAAAGCUCUCAUGGUAUGACGCGGACAUUUUGGCUUAAAAAACGCCUUUAAUAUUGUACGUCAUUAGGCGAAACGUUCGAGCAAUGGUAAUCGAUGUCUAGUCACAUAGUGUCUGUUUUAGUUCUUCUUUAUCUCACAGUAAGUAUGGGAAGAUUAUUUACUUCACAUUUUAAUUUAGUUUUGCGUUGUUCUUUUUAAUCGAUGCAUUUUAUAUUUUUAUCAGUCCUGUACAGGCAUAUCCAUAAUAUAGUCCAUUAUGGCAGCUUUGCGUGCCUUCCGCGUACGCUUGUAUGUCAGAGAAUGCAAAAUGUAUGGAAAAAAGUGAUUCACAUUAUGUCUUAGUAGUAAAAAUAUUGCUCACGUAGCUAAUCGAAUGAAACUGUGCUCAGCCAA